CCCCAUGAAAAAACUAUAUCAAUGGAAAGUUGCUGUACAACAUAACAGAUUCAAUAUAGUUUAACUCAUAAUGGAGAGAAAUAAUGCAUUCAUCAACAUAUCUGAGGAUGAAGUAUUAGAACAAUCUAAAGGAUCAUGUAAACCUCUUUUAAACAACCACAAAACAGAGGGUCAAACCAAUAACUCUAACGCAAUACGUGGAAGUUGUUACAGUAGUUGUAAUGAGGGGGAAAAUACGGAAGAAGAACCAAAAGUAAAUGAGGAUGUACAUGGAUGUAUUCAAGAUUCGAAGUUUUCGUGCAAUAAACGGAACUUUGAUGCAACGGAAUGUCAGAAUAUCGGCAGUGAAUACCAUGUAGAUGAAAAACUAGAACUCGUGAUUCUAGACAAUAAUGAUAAAAUUAAAAAGACAAGUAUAUUGAAUGAGCAAGAUGAGUUCACAGAUGAUGACUCAGCGGACACAAGAGAUUCAAGCCUUAUUCAUACUGAAAAUAACAUUUCAAAGAAAAUAAAAGGACAAUUGGACAGAGCUGUUGGACAACAUGAAAUCCGGCCUGAAACUAAUACAUGUGAAACCUUCGCAGUAAAAGAUGAGAAAGCCAACAUUCAAAUCACUGAGGAGAGUGACGCUGUAAACAAAUUUGGCAAUAUGAACCUUUUCGAGGGAUUAACGAUAAAGAAAUAUGUUAAUCAAAUAACUUUGGAGAGUGACAAUAGAGGAAAUGAAAUCAAUUCUGAAAGUAGAAACAUCGAAAAGAAAAAGAAGAUAAAAACGAAUACCCUGGCAAAUAUUACGGCUGAAAAUGUAGAAAUCCAAUGCUGUUCAUUUGACACAAAUGAUGGAGCAUUGAAAGAUCCUGAACAAGUUUAUAAAACCAUUAAAACAGAUUCUACGGACAACGAAGAACAUAAAUAUUAUUUGUUAGAUAAAAUUGGCAGAGCAUUGGAAGAUCGUGAACACAUUUAUAAUAAGACUAAGAAUGACGUUCAUCCAGAAACGAAAUUCAAACAAGGUUUGGACAGAACGAAUUUGGAGGAAUAUUACGGAAUGAGAAACAGUUUCGACGAUAUCGAAGAUGAAAGAAGACAACGCGAGAAUAACGAUGAAUCAUAUCAUUUAACCGAAUUAAAAUCUAUUACAAAUCACACGGCGAUCGAAAACAAUGAAGUUGAAUGUGAAAUUUCGGAUGUUAGUAUUACAAAUAGUUUUGAUGAAGUCAAUGAAGAGAACAGUGAUGGUCAAGUUUAUCUUAUCGAAGACAAUGAAGCAAUUUAUGAAAGAAUCCAAGACGAAAACAGUUUGCCAGAAUACAGAUUUUAAGAUUUUGAUGAAAACGAACAAUUUUAUAUAAGAAGGAAAAGAAAACAGAUUUUUCAAGUUUUUGUAGUUGGUAUUUUGUCUAUAAUGAUGAUAACCGUAAUAGCAUUGGUUAUCAGUUUGAAGAAUGAAAACCAGCAAAUCAAAGAUUCGAAUCAAAAGACACAUGAGCUAACCAAAAAGAAAGCUGAAAAUGAACUAACAG